UCACAGAUCUUCUUCUCCCCAGCUGCUCCUAGAGGAGUAACUAAAGGGGUCAGCAGGGAGGAAGCACAGAAACACAGGGCUAAUAACGGGAGCGUCGUGGAUCAAGAAUGGCUGCUAAGGCGGGGGUCGUCCACCGGGACUCCUCGGACUCGGAGGUGGAGCUGUCGUGGGCGGCAGAUCGCGGGCCGACCUCGGGGUCUGUACCCGGGAGCCAGGUCAUCCACAGCGGUCACUUCAUGGUGUCCUCCCCGCACAGUGACACACCCCAGGGCAGUAGGACCGGCGAGGGUUUGCGCAGGUACGACUUUGACACGGUCAACAGAACCUGGUGUCAGACGUACAGGUUCGGCCCGCGGAGCACCGGCAGCCUGAGCAUCGACCCCACCAUAAGCCGCCUGUUCGAGUGCAUGUCCCUGGCGUACAGUGGCAACAUAGUUUCUCCAAAGUGGAAGUCUUUCAAAGGUCUGCGGCUUCUAUGGAGAGAUAAGAUCCGCCUGAAUAAUGCAAUCUGGAGAGCGUGGUUCAUCCAGUAUGUGGAGAAAAAGAAAAGCCCAGUGUGUGGGUUCGUCACACCACUAGAGGGUUUGGAGGCAGAUGCGCACCGGAAGCCAGAGGCAAUCGUGUUGGAGGGCAGCUACUGGAAAAGGAGGAUUGAGGUUGUGAUUAAAGAAUAUCAUAAAUGGAGGAUUUACCACAAAAAGAGACUUCAAAAGAAAAAAGAUGACAUCUUGUCGAUGCUGCGGGAGGGGCCAAUCUGCCAGGUGAAACUGGAGAAAUGGUCAGCUCAGACGCAUCAGGAGCCAGCGGCGGCACCGGCGGAGGCUCACAUGUUUGACUUGGACUGCUUUCUGUCGGACAUCUCCGACACGCUGUUCACCAUGACACAGAAGCAAUGUCCAUGGACCAGUAACCGGCACAACACAUACACCAGUAAUGCAGACAUAAUCCAGCCUGGUUUGACUCCACUUCAGCCCAACGUGGAUGAUUUCAUGGACAUACCAGAUAUCUUUAUGAACUUUCGGGGUCAGCCCACUGAAACGUCCGGGUUUGCUGACUGUGGCUAUUUUGAAAGCUCCUCCACUGUUGAGUUUGCUCCAGUUCCUCCUGAGGCAACGACUCCACAGCUGGUUAUCGACAACCAGCUGACCCAGCCAAGACUGUCCUCUGCCAGUCUGCCUGAGCUGCUAUCAGUCACCCUGCGAGACGAUACCAAAUCGAGUCCAGUGUGUCGUGAUUACCAAUCGUCUGGCGUCAUGCCAGGGGUCCUUCUCUUCGGACAGCAAUCGUUCGCCGACCCUCCGGUUUCUGCUGCUUUCACCUCCAACAUCCAACAGCCGGUCUCCUCAAGUACUUCAUUGAUGUACCCUCUGCCAUGCAACAAAUUUGACUACUGCGCAGAAAUCGACGGGACUUCCUCUGUCAUCACACGCACUGCCUCCAGCACUGGGAGCGCACAGCCAACUCAGAGCUACCCUCACAUGGAGGACACUUACUCCCAUACGAUUUGCCACUCUCUGGCCUACCCUCAGGCUCACAUGGAUCCACCCUCUGAGCCCGCCACACACUGCUUCUCAGUUCCAGAACACGUCACCACCCGAGGAAAACACAAACAGAAGAGAGAUGGAGGGUGGACUAGUGCUCAUCCAUUAGCCCCGUCCGGACGCUCAUCUAUCACCCCAUCAUCGACGAGCUGCCUGGCUAAGCUGCUCUCCACAAACUCCCGCAGUCGAAAACUGUCACUGGGAUUUAAAGGUCAGAGGUCCUCAUCUCCCGGCCACUUGUCCAGCAGCAGUGUUUAUGGGGAAGGAGCAUCACCGCAGGUACAACAUGGAGGAGGCUGGCAUGGGGGAGUGCAGACCAUUUUCAGUCCUCUGAGUGACCAUGGCAGCACCACGGGUCAUAGUGAACCCCAAGCAAGCACCUCCAGAGGAUCUGCUGUGUCGGCUCGAUUUAACCAUGGCUCCACACCAACCAGCACGUCUCUCAUUGUUCCCAAAACGGAGAAACUGUCACCUGUCCCGCUGUACAGCCAUGAGAGGACCGGCUUAAGUGCGCACUUCCCAGCACAUCACGGCCAAGCGUCACCACCGUACCCUCUAGACAGACUCGGGUACCCAGAUUCCCCUCACUCAGGCUACUCAGGAUUAGGAAAGCUUGACUCAAGUAAGCAGGUAGAGUCCAGGAGGAUAACGCACAUCUCUGCUGAGCAGAAAAGAAGAUUUAACAUCAAACUGGGAUUUGACACGUUACACAACCUUGUGACCACGCUGAGCUCGCAGCCCAGCAUCAAGAUCAGUAAGGCCACCACGCUGCAGAAGACGGCCGAGUACAUCAGUAAGAUGCAGAGGGAGAGAGCUCAGCUGCACGAGGAGGCUCAGAAACUCCGACAGGAGAUCCAGCAGCUCAACUCUGCCAUCAACACAUGCCAACUGCAGCUCCCUGCAACUGGGGUGCCCAUCACUCGCCAACGUUUUGACCACAUGAGGCAGAAGUUCAGAGAAUACGUCCAAGCUCAGACGCUCCAAAAUUGGAAAUUCUGGAUUUUCAGCAUCAUCAUCGAGCCACUCUUUGAGUCUUACAAUGGGAUGGUGUCCACUGCCAGUGUGGAGGACCUUUGUCAGUCCACUCUGUCCUGGCUUGAGCAGCACUGCUCCCUGCCGGCCAUCAGACCCAUGGCCCUGAGAUCUCUGCGUCUCCUGAGCACUACCACAGCCAUCCUGACUGACCCCGGAGUGUUGCCUGAGCAGGCCACCCUCGCUGUGACCCAGGGAGACCCCGCGAUCGUCUUGGACCACACCUUACAACCCAGCACACAAGACAAUAUUCAAACUAUGUGACCGGAAAGUAUAUGACAUUGGCGUGGACCAGCACCUGCAAAAUUUGGUCACAAAACAAAGCAUUUUCAUCAAAAUAUUCUUCUUCUUUGUUUUUAGAUUUUUGGAAAAACUUUUUUUUUUGUCCAACACUUUCAUGUCUCUGGUGUUAUUUUAUGCAAACAAAUUUUGGGAUUUCGCCAUGUCAUGUUGUUAGAAGAUUUGGUUAGCACUCCCACAACAAAGGACUAUGACCUUCAUCCGUCAGUCUUUCACCCUUGUGACCAAUAAAUUCAUUACUGUCUUUUACAGCAAUUGUGUGGUCCUGAUUUGCUGGCUAGUUAGCUAGUUAACAAAUGCUUUUACUAUUUUCCAAAAAGUCAUUCAUGGUUCAUCUUCUUGUCGUUUAUAUUUUAUGCAUGUAUCUGCAAAUUCCUUUCGAAAUGGGGAUUUAUGACAAAAAAAUAACUUAAUUUAACCCAGAAUAACGCAUUGAUUAAUGAAAGCACUUAAUUUUG